AUGGCUGGCCUGUUGGGGAGCCACCGAGGAGCAGGCACCAGUGCAGAACGCAUCCCCUCAGUCCGGAUCCUGAUCGUGGGCAACGCAGGCGCCGGCAAGACAUGCAUAGCGCACCUCAUGGCAACCGGCUCCCCGGCUAAAGGCGUGCGCCAGACUGUCGGCUGCAGCACAAGUGUCGUGCUUGUGGAGCCUGCAGACAGUGGCGGCCUGAGCGAUGCGCGGCAGCGGCCGAUUUUCAUAGAGCUCUGGGACAUUGGUGCACAUGAGCGGUAUAAGACGCUGCGCAGCAGCUUCUACGCUGACAUUAGCGGCGUCAUCAUAGUCACUGACUCAGCCUCCAGCAGGUCGCAGGCGAGCGUGCGCAAGUGGGCGGCUGAGGUGGCGGCCAAGGGGCGCUUUGUGGCGCCCAUGCCGCCAGAUCAGGCGGCGGCCAAUCCAGGCUCGCUGCCUGUGCCCUGCCUUGUCAUCAAUAACAAGGCUGACCUGCGCGGAAUGGGGAUGAGGCGAGGCGUCUGGCUGAGUGGGUGGUCCAGAGGGUUCCUGGUCUGGCUUGAAACGAUCAUGCGGCAGUUCAAAUUCAGGAGAAAGCUCAAGACACUGCUGCGGCCGGCAUCGAGCAGUGGUCUCUCAGACGAAAGGCUGGCAGUAACCGUCAUCAGCGCUUCAGCUGCGCAGGGCAUCAUUGACGAGGCGGCCGUGGACGGCUUCUUCGCGGAGUGCAUCGCGCGGCGGCUCAACCCCGGGGCGGCCGGCGCGGGGGCGGCCGCCGCGAAAUUCGUGCGCCGGCCGACCAGCGGCGGUGCCGGCGGCGGCGGUGGGUCUGACUUUCAGAGCGCGCGCAAAAGGCCGCCCAUCGCGCACUCUCCCUACUCGGCUGACGGGCCGCCGCCACCGGCGUAUUCCCCCUCUCCCACACCGCAGCUGCCAAAUGGAGGCCCUCACAGCGCCAGUUCUUGGGGCGGGUUCAGCCGGACUACUUCAUUCCACAGCACCAUGUCUUCCACUGGCGACUAUGGCUGGGCAGGAGACCAUGGUCACAGCGCGGUGGACGACUCGGACGACCUGGUUUGA